UGGAAAUUUGAGAAAUGAACAAAUUACGGCAAAGCUUUAGGAGAAAGAAAGAUGUCUACGUCCCAGAGGCCAGCAGGCCUCAUCAGUGGCAGACUGAUGAAGAAGGAGUUCGUACUGGCAAAUGUAGCUUUCCUGUUAAGUACUUGGGCCAUGUUGAAGUGGAUGAAUCGAGAGGAAUGCAUAUCUGUGAAGAGGCCGUGAAGAGACUCAAAUCUGAAAGGAAGUUCUUCAAAGGCUUCUUUGGAAAAACUGGAAAGAAGGCGGUUAAAGCCGUGCUGUGGGUUUCGGCGGAUGGACUCCGAGUGGUAGAUGAGAAAACAAAGGACCUUAUAGUUGAUCAGACAAUAGAGAAGGUUUCUUUCUGUGCACCAGACAGAAACUUCGACAGGGCCUUCUCCUAUAUCUGCCGGGAUGGCACCACGAGGCGCUGGAUCUGCCACUGCUUCAUGGCCGUGAAGGACACGGGGGAGCGCCUGAGCCACGCCGUGGGUUGCGCCUUCGCCGCCUGCCUCGAGCGCAAGCAGAAGCGCGAGAAGGAGUGCGGUGUCACGGCCACCUUCGAUGCCAGCAGGACCACGUUCACCAGAGAGGGCUCCUUCCGCGUCGCCACCGCCACCGAGCAGGCCGAGCGCGAGGAGGUGCUGAGGCAGCUGCCGGACACAAAAGCUGAGCCAGAGGCGAAGACGGCCGCGCCGAGCGCGGCGCCCGCCGCCCCGGCCCCCUCCCCUGGCUCGCCCGGCUCCCCCACGGCCGAGGGCGCCGCGGCGGCCGAGAAGGAGGCGAGCAACCCACACGCCAUCCCGCGGCGGCACGCGCCCAUCGAGCAGCUCGCCAGGCAGGGCUCCUUCCGCGGCUUCCCCGCCCUCAGCCAGAAGAUGUCCCCUUUCAAGCGGCAGCUCUCGCUGCGAAUCAACGAGCUGCCCUCCACGGUGCAAAGGAAGACCGACUUCCCCAUGAAGAACUCGGUCCCUGAGGUGGAGGGGGAAGGCGACAGCAUCAGCUCCCUGUGCUCCCAGAUCACGAGCGCCUUCAGCGCGCCCACGGAGGAUCCCUUCUCCUCAGCCCCCAUGACGAAGCCGCUCACGGCAGUGGCACCGCAGUCCCCUGCCUUUCAAGUUAAUGGCACUGCCUCUGCCUUCUGUGUGCUUGCUGCUAAACCAUCCCAAGCUGCUGUAGCGCCCACGGUCAUGCCGGUUCGGGAAACCAAUCCGUGGGCUCAUGCGCCUGCCGCUAGUACCGGAGCUGUGGCUGUGGCCUCGGGACCCGAGUGGAGCAGCUCCUCGGCCACGGCCUCCCCCAGCCUCUUCCCGGGCAGCCACCGGCGCACGCCCUCCGAGGCCGACCGCUGGCUCGAGGAGGUCUCCAAGACGGUGCGGGCGCAGCAGCCGCCCGCACCGCAGCCGCUGCUGCCAGCGCCCGCGGCGGCGCCCCUGCCUGCGCCGCCCUUCGCGGCGCCCACCGGCUUCCUGGCGCCGCAGCCGCUGCCCGUGGCCGUGGGGCCGCCCCUGCCGCCGCCCUUCGUCCCCGCGCCGCCCUACGUGCCCAACGGCCUGGGCUACGCGGCGCCCAGCGUGCCCGUGGUGGGCAUCACGCCCUCGCAGAUGGUGGCCAACGUGUUCGGCACGGCGAGCCACGCGCCGCCCGUGCCCGUGCCCGCCAGGCCGCAGCCGCCCGCGCCCGCCGAGGCUGCCGCCAGCCCCUUCCUCAAGGCGGCCGUGGCGCCCAACGGCUCCGCGGCGCCCAACGGCCUCGAGGGCGGCGCGUGGGCCGCCGAGGACAGGCCGGCGCAGCCGCCCGCCGCCGACCCCUUCGAGGCGCAGUGGGCAGCGCUGGAGAGCAGGGCCAAGCAGCGCACGAACCCCUCGCCCACCAACCCCUUCUCCAGCGACCUACAGAAAACCUUCGAGAUUGAACUUUGAGCAGCCUCCCCCGCCAGUGCCGCUCACUGUACAGUAGUAGAGGGGGACAAAGGGAGCUGAGGGGACUGUUCCGGAUCCGUUUGCUUUGAUAAUCCCCAAGGAGCCCCUGCCAAGGACAAAGGGUUAGAAGAAGGAGCGAUGUCGGAGAGGUAACAAACACAGGAGGCAGCCGAGGCGCCGCU